ACACCCAAACCCAAACCCUCACACGAAUCUCUCUCUAGAACACUGAAAGCCCUAUUUUUUGAAUACUUUCUCAGCAAGACCUCGCACUUCUCCCCUCAACCUCACCACCACUAAUCCAACAUGACGGCAAAGGACUGUGGCCACCACCACGACGAGUGGCGAAAGCGCUACCGCCCCAUAUUCGCCGCCUUCUUAGCCUUCAUCAUCGUCGUCCUCUUCAUAAUCCUCCUAGUCUGGCUCAUCCUCCGCCCCACAAAGCCGCGUUUCGUCCUCAUCGAUGCCACCGUCUACACCUUCAACGUCUCCGCCCCAAACUUCCUCACCUCCUACCUUCAAAUCACUCUCUCUUCUCGCAACCCUAACGAUCGAAUCGGCAUAUACUAUGAGAAACUUGACAUCUAUGCCACGUACAGAGGCCAACAAAUAACACUGCCUACACUUCUUCCUACUACGUAUCAGGGCCACAAGGAUGUUACUGUGUGGUCGCCAUACUUGUUCGGCAAUGCAGUGCCGGUGGCUCCUUAUCUGAGCGUUUCUUUGGGUCAGGAUCAGAUGGCUGGGACGGUGUUGAUGAACAUUAGGGUUGAUGGAAGGGUGAAAUGGAAGGUGGGGACUUUUAUUUCUGGGAGGUAUCGUUUGUAUGUGAAUUGUCCUGCUUAUUUUAACUUUGGUAACAAGAACAAUGGUGUCUCUGUUGGACCAGCCAUUAAGUAUCAGUUGGUGCAGAGCUGCCAUGUGGACGUUUAAUCAAGCAGGUUCAUCUCCUCUCUCUCUCUCUCUUUCUAGUUUAUUUUCUUUUUUAUUCUUUUGGAUGUUUUAUUUUACCUAUAAGUUGUAAUGGUAUUACUAUGGAAAACCUUAUAUAUAUGGUGGAAAGGAAAACAUCAUCAAUUAAAGAGGAGAAGUUUCAAAUUUGAUCAGCU